AUGGCAACCGCCAUGGUUCCCAAGUCCUCCAAGAAGUUUUUCUCUGCCAAAACCUUCAGGUUCAUUAUCUUCCCGAGCUUCCUUUGUCCCUCUCCCAAAAACAAAGCGCCUUCCGUUACCACCACAAGAGAUCAAGACGACGACAUAUUGGACCGGAAGGAGGAGGCGAUGAGGCAUGUUUUUGAUCACUUCGACGUCGACAAGGAUGGCAAAAUUUCAUGCGAGGAACUCAUGGACUACCUGGCAUCGGCGGGGGAGUCGGUGACUCGGAACGGGGCCGAAAGGGUGAUCCGUGACUUCGAUUCCGACGGCGACGAUUUAUUGGAGUACGGGGACUUCGUCCGAUUAUUAGAGCAACGGGACAGGGAUGAGUCGAGUGAUGAUGUUCUGAGGAGUGCCUUCCAGAUGUUCGAAGUUACUAAAGGCUGCGGCUACAUAACGCCCAAGGGUUUGCAGCAGAUGUUGCGCCAAUUGGGAGACUGCAAAUCCCAUCAGGAGUGUGCCGCCAUGAUUCGCGUCUUUGAUCUUGACGGCAAUGGGUCCCUUGACUUCCAUGAGUUCCAGCAAAUGAUGAUGUCUUCGCCUUCUUAA